AUGAGUUCGCGGACGAACGAUACCGGAAGUCAGGCAUCAUCGCAGUAUGAUUGGGCGAAAAACGUGCCUUGUAGAAACAUCCUGAUUCACGGUUUCUGCAAAUGGGAGAACAAAGGAUGUUCUUUUAGCCACGACACGGGAAAAACGCAACCCCAAUCACAGCCACCUCCAUCACAACAAGCGUCUUCUACCAAGAGUGGACCUGUUAGCAUCACCGCACCUGCUGGCGAAACUUCUGCAAGUUUGGCCAAGUCGCCUUCUUCCAGUUUGCCUUUGAGCUCUGGCAAUUCAUCCACGGCUUUGGGCAAGAAAAAGUUCAACUUUGAGACCCCCUCAUUCACUCCCGGUUCAGGUGGACUUACUAGCCCUUCCUCACCAAAUGUGAACACGAUAACUAGCAAGUUCGCAAAGAUGUCGCCCAAAUUGAACAAUAUUCCAGUUUUUGUUCCCAGCAGCAAAACACCAAACGUCUCAAACUCUCCCACGGCAAAGAAGGUAGGGUUCAACCCCGAAACUGCUCCGGUAUUCACUCCUUCUGGACUGGACGCUGCACCAGGAGCCGGAAUUGGAGCAUAUUCAGCUUCGCCUUCGAUGCCAGCAGCUUCUUUAAUGCCUCAACCGGAUGUUGACGACGCGUAUUACUCACAGAAACACAUGUUGUUCCCACCAAACUACCAUCUAUAUGCUCCAGCGGCCCCUCCCCAUAUACAGAUCAAGCAGUACCCCAAUGAGAGACUUGCAGAGGAUUUGUUCAUUCCGAACCAGUUGAGGGAAACCAUUCAGAAGAAGAACGAGGAAAGUCUACAGGUUUUGCCAAUGUCAAACCUGCCCGAUGCUAUAGAUGUCUACCACUCGCUGUAUCCAAUAAGUCAGAGUUUUGAGGAGGGCUCUGAUCGAAGAAGCAUCAUAUAUAAAGCUGUUUCCAAUGUUGAUGGCAAACUGUAUGCUUUGAGAAGGAUUGAAAAUGUGAAUAUUCCAAACGAGAAGAGUCUGGCUCCAGUGAACUCCUGGAAAGAUCUAGGGUGUGCCAACGUGGUGAGGUUGUAUGAAGCCUUUACUACAGGAGCAUUCGGUGACUUGUCUCUCGUGAUGAUCUACGAUUACCAUCCAUUGUCGUCAACGCUGAUGGAGCGUCAUUUUUACAAGAUGAGCGAUCGCGAGUUCCCGGAGCUAAUAACUGAAGACUUGCUGUGGAUUUACAUCGUGGAACUUACCAACGCAAUCUCGAUGGUCCACUCCAAGAAUUUGGCAGUUAGAACUUUUGAUCAGUCCAAAAUCAUCAUCACAAAUAAAAAUCGCAUACGAUUCUCUGGUUGCGGUAUUGCGGAUAUUCUUGACUUCGAAACGAAUGAAGAUAUGGAGAGCUUGCAAAAAGCAGACCUGAGACUGUUCGGUUCUCUGAUCCUCAAUCUUGCCAAAAGCACCAUUUUCCCGCAAAAAAUCCAGAAUCUCAGUGACCUGGAAAUUGUGAAUGCUUUGGGUUUGAGUUCUGGUUUCAAGGAUGCUCUGAAAUGGCUGUUGAACGAAGAAGGUACCAUCAGGGACUUCCAGCAGAUCAUAUGCGAUCAGACCAUGAAGGUGGUGAACGGUCUGCAGAUGAGCUGUGAUUUCAUGGAGUCUGUGCUUGGUUUAGAGGUUGAAAACGCCAGAUUGGUGAGGCUGAUGACCAAAUUGGACUUCGUCAGUGAUAGACCCGAGUUCCAGUUGGACCAUUCGUGGUCGGAGACUGGUGAGAGAUACCCAAUCAAACUGUUUAGAGACUACGUUUUCCACCAAGUCGACGAGGCUGGUAAACCCGUCCUGGAUCUAACACACGUGAUAAGCUGUCUGAACAAGCUGGAUGCCGGUGUGGAGGAGAGGCUCUUGCUGGUGAACCAGGAAGAGACGAGCUGUAUCAUUAUUUCAUACAAGGAGUUGAAGAACUGUGUUGAGGAGACCUUCAAGUUCUUGAGAGGCCGUUGA